UUAGACAGCAACUUAUAAUGGAACCUUCAGUUCUUGAAUUACCAGCUGUCACAUUGCAACGAAUUGCAUCUGAGCUUAGAUGCCACCCGACAGAUGAACGGGUCGCCCUGCGCCUUGAUGAAGAAGAUAAGCUGAGACACUUCAGGGAGUAUUUCUAUAUUCCCAAAGUGCAGGAUCUACCUCCAAUUGACCUAUCUUUAGUGAAUAAAGAUGAAAACUCCAUAUAUUUCUUGGGAAAUUCUCUUGGCCUUCAACCAAAGUUAGUUAAAACAUAUCUGGAUGAAGAACUAGAUAAAUGGGCCAAAAUGGGUGCCUAUGGUCAUGAGACAGGGAAACGGCCUUGGAUUACUGGAGAUGAGACUAUUGUAGGCCUCAUGACUGACAUUGUAGGAGCCAGUGAGAAAGAAAUAGUCCUGAUGAAUGCUUUGAGUGUUAAUUUACAUCUUCUACUGUUAUCAUUUUAUAAGCCUACACCAAAACGUUAUAAAAUUCUUCUAGAAGCCAAAGCCUUCCCUUCAGAUCAUUAUGUUAUUGAGUCACAGCUUCAACUUCAUGGACUCAAUGUUGAGAAGAGCAUGCGCCUCAUAAAGCCAAGAGAGGGGGAAGAAACUUUGAGAAUGGAAGAUAUCCUUGAAGUAAUUGACAAAGAAGGAGACUCGAUUGCAGUGAUCCUAUUUAGUGGGGUACAUUUUUAUACUGGACAGCUCUUUAACAUGCCUGCAAUCACCAAAGCUGGACAAGCAAAGGGUUGUUUUGUUGGCUUUGAUCUAGCACAUGCAGUUGGAAAUGUUGAACUCCACUUACACAACUGGGGAGUUGAUUUUGCAUGCUGGUGUUCCUACAAGUAUUUAAAUUCAGGAGCAGGAGGUCUUGCUGGUGCCUUUGUCCAUGAAAAGCAUGUCCAUACGAUUAAGCCUGCGUUAGUGGGAUGGUUUAGCCAUGAACUGAAGACGAGAUUCAAAAUGGAUAACAAACUGCAAUUAAUCCCUGGGGCCAAUGGAUUUCGAAUUUCAAAUCCUCCCAUUUUGUUGGUCUGUUCCUUGCAUGCCAGUUUAGAGAUCUUUAAGCAAGCAACUAUGAAAGCAUUGAGGAGAAAAUCUAUUUUGCUAACUGGUUAUCUGGAAUACUUGCUCAAGCAUUACUUUGGUAAAGAUAAAGCAGAAACCAAGAAACCAUUUGUGAACAUAAUUACUCCAGCCCAUAUAGAGGAUCGUGGCUGCCAGCUAACAUUAACAUUUUCUGUUCCUAUAAAAAAUGUUUACCAAGAACUAGAAAAAAGAGGAGUUGUGUGUGACAAGCGGGAACCAAAUGGCAUCAGAGUUGCUCCAACUCCUCUCUACAAUUCUUUCCACGAUGUUUACAAGUUCAUUAAUCUGCUAACUUCAGCACUUGACUCUGCAGCAACAAAAUAA